AUGAUAAAUUAAUAAUAAAUUAAAAAUGAUAAAUAAGAAAUAAAUGAAAAUAUAACUAAUUAAGAAGUGCAAAGAUAAUUAUAAUUGGUUAUAAAGAAUUUAAAUUCACUUGCUGAAAAUUAAUAAUAAUAAAUGAUGAUCAUUAAAACAACAUUGAAUACUGAACUUAAAAAUUAAUUUUUAUGUACAUCAGAAUAUAAAUUGAAUACAUAAGAAUUAUAAAAUCAAUUGAAUAUCUUAAAAGAUUCAAUUAAAUAAACUUAAUAAUAAACUUAAGAGACACUUAUAAGAAAAUAAUAAAUUAUAGAAAAUCUAAAUCUAGAAAUAAGAAAUCUAAUGAAUAUAAAUAAAUUAAAGAAUGGUGAAAUUGAUUAAAUUAAAUUAUAAAAUGAUGCCUUCAUUGGUUAGAUUAAUGAUAAUAAAUUUGAAAUAAUUAAAUAAAACUAAUUUAUAUCUGAAAUAUAUAAUUUAUAUUAGAAAAUAAAUCAGAAAUUAUCAAAUACAUGA